CAGGUGGCAGCAUCGCCUUGACAGGAAAACUCAAUCGACCUGUUGUGGCCAGAGAGUGGGAGAAGCAAUGUGGCGCAGAUGCUCGUGAACGACCGAACGCGUAGCAUCUCGUAACGUUUAGUGCCUCUCGCACCUCGGCGUUAGGAAGCCCUGCGUAGAACUACCGGUGUCUCGAAACCUUUGAUCGAAACGUUAUUCGUCGGAGACUCAUCGGGCAAUUAUUCAAUCGGACAUGCGUCAGUUCCCGACCGGGGAAACGAUCGAUAGCAUAUUCCGUUAGGUUACCAGUUACUGGACUAACAUCUGUAACUCCCAUAUAUAUCUCUUCACAAUGCCGUUCACGGCGGACGCGGCGGCGACUCAGAUACAGGAGCGCCUGAAAAAUAUUUACAAUCUCGUGCACGAAAUUGAAAAUCAACGAGUCCGCUCCGAGCACAAUCUAAACAACAUCAUGAAGACCCACGAGAAGGUCACGCCGGAUGACAAAGUCUCCCCUUACUACCAGCAAAAGUUAAAAAACCUGUACAACGCCGCGGUGACUGAUACUCAGCAGGAAGAGGACAUCCUGCGCAAGGCUCUCAGCAAGAUUAACGAGAUACGCACGAUACGAAAUGAACGGCGCAUACAGGCGCGUCAGGCCGGCAACAAGGAAACCAUCAGGCGCGGCGCGCUGAUGAAGAUGCUGCUGAACACGGCGCAGACCCUGCCCCUCUACGUGGGAAAGACACCGGGCGCCAAACCGCCACCGUUGUGCGGCGCGAUACCCGCCGAGCCUACGUACAUCGCGAAGACGGGCGAUAUAGUGGCUGCCUUGGUGAAGGGCAACGAGGAGGGAGAGAAUUGGAUACUCGCGGAGGUCGUGCAAUUUAAUCCCGCGACAAAUAAAUACGAGGUGGACGAUAUCGACGAGGAGCAGAAGGACCGUCACACGCUGUCGCGGAGACGAGUGGUACCGUUACCGCUGAUGAGGGCCAAUCCCGAGACCGAUCCGCACGCCCUGUUCCCGAAAGGAUCCACGGUAAUGGCGCUGUACCCGCAAACUACUUGCUUUUACAAGGCGGUCGUUCAGCAACAGCCAACUGUCGCCACGGAAGAAUACGAGAUCCUGUUCGAGGACGGCGCUUACGAGACCGGCUAUUCGCCGCCGCUGAGUAUACCGCAGCGCUACGUGAUUUCCAUCAAAGAGAGCAAAAAAAAUAAGAGUCAAUACUCCAAGAAGACACAGUAUAUAAAAAAGAAAUAUUUCUAGAAAAGGUACACUUCGUUCAUCUACGCUAUUUUAUGUUAACUUUUUAAUUUGACUUGUGAUAUUGUAAUAAGAUGUAAUAAAUAGUAAAUUUUUGUAA